AUGGCAGCUGUAGUCAGAUAUGCGUUUGCGGCCGCUUGCGUGUGCAAUGUGGUUGAAGCAGUUUCCGUACAGCACGCCAAAUGGUUGUGGUCGGACCAUCCGACGAAUGACGCCAUCGCAGAACAGCAUUUCAACGAAUUCCUGAAUACACAUCAAGAUGGUGAGGAAUACACCGAGUCUGGAGUCGCUGGGACAAUGCUAUCGCCCAUGGGGCCUUACGGCCCGGUCCUCGUCGUCUACCUGACGUAUGGCAGCAGUAGACCUUAUAAGACGUUUUCAGAGGUGCAGGGGAUGUUCUGGGACGUUCCAGGCGUCAGCCACGCUCUAUACCACAAUUCAUGGCACCAGGUGUGGCUUCAGUCCUCCGAUGUGGACUUCCUCCAGAUGGAGUCGCCUCAGGAUCCUGCGACCUGGGGGUACCGCUUGUCUUAUCUUACAAUGGCUGUGUACUAUUCAGCAGCGUAUCAAGCGAAAGUCAAGACAAGAGCUUACAAAAACACGUUGGUGUUUGCUCCUGGGGAUCUCUUCAUGGCCACUGCGUAUGCUCCGACCAGCGGCUGGUGGAACGGGUUUGCCCAAUUCUAUCACCAAGCUCAGACUUGGCAGACGAUAUUUCACGAGAUAGGGCACACAUGGGGUUUGCAUCAUGCAGGGGGCUACUUGGCUACCGGAGAGUCGAAUUCCUACCUGGACGAUGCGAUCAUGGGCUAUCAGCGAGAAUGGCGGGCCGCGGACACUAACGUGGUCGCUCGCUACAGGCUCGGGUGGCUCACAGGGGCCGAGACGGUGGAGUUCAUUCGGGGGUCUGACGCCACGGCUGUCAACCUGUCUCCCCUCAAUGAGGGGCCCGAUGGACCAGAGUUCUUGCUCAUGAAACUCCCGUGCGAUGAGUGCAUAGGGGAGAAGGCAUCUACCGCAGGUGUGGGCGCUCUCUACCUCUCCUUCCGUGUGGAGGACGGGCCAAGCCUGUACGGGGUUGGGGGUGAGUCCGAUCCGAUUUUUCUUUACGAUAUGGUCACUCGCAGGCGUCUCGUCCUGGCGGACCGCGUCCAUGUGCACUUCCAGGCCGACGUGAAUCAGAUAACUGAAUUGUGGACUACGUUGGCCGCGGGGGAUGCUUUCGCCGUUCCCGGAUCUACCAUGUGGAUUCAUGUUUGCAGCAUCGAUACCGCGACCUAUGCCAGGGUAAGUGUUUCAGAUACGAGCGAAUCUUCUGCGCGAGCAGGAUGCAUGGUACCGGUGGCAACACAAACAUUGACGCCAGCGCCGACACAAGCGUCGACGCCAGCACCGACGCCAGCACCGACGCCAGCACCAACGCCAGCACCGACACCAGCACCCACGCCAGCACCCACGCGAGCACCAACGCCUUCACCGACGCUAGUUCUGACGCUAGUACCGACGCCAUCACCGACGCCAGCGCAGACGCCAGCGCCGACGCCGACACCGACGCUAGCACCGACGCCCGCGCCGACACCCGUACCGACGCAAGCGCCGUCGCCAGCACCGGCGCCAGCAUCUAUGUCUGCACCGACGCCAUCACCGACAUCAGCACUGGCCCCAGUGCCGAUGGCGUCUCCCGCGGGGACACUAUCGACAGGCUUGGUCUCUGGCAUGGGCGACCCCCACCUCACCAACAUGUACGGCGAGCGUUUUGACUUAUACAUGACGGGCAGAAACAUCCUUUUGCAGAUCCCGCGAUGGAGCAGCAGCAGCAGCGCGUUGCUGCGUUUGGAGGCCGACGCCACGCGCAUGGGCGACCAGUGCGCUGACGUGUACUUCCAGAUGGUGGCAAUAUCUGGGACAUGGACGAAUAAGACAGGCGAAAUGCGGUUCUUCGCGAACGGUGACACUCUUGGCUUGCCUAGCAGCAUGAACUGGAUGCGUUUUGGCAAGAUCGACUUAAAGGUUGUGCAUGGUAAAACUCGGCAGGGCACAGACUACCUAAACGUCUUUGCCAAACACCUAGCCCGCGCUGGUUUUCCAGUUGGUGGCCUCCUCGGGAUUGACGACCACACUGCGGCCAGUGCACAGCCUUCCGAGUGCACCCGUUCAUUUUCGUUGUAG